CAACACAACUCCCCCAGUCAUCAUCACAUAUGUUUUACAUGUAUUAUUAUAGACACACGUAUACGGACAUCAACCAUGGUAUACGCAGAUUAUAACAACCACAGGCACGCACGCGCACGCGCUAUUAAGCAAAUUUAACUUUUUACAACGACCGCGGCGGCGGUGCCCAUCACGAGUAAAUUAUUUUUUUUUUUAUCUAAAUGCACCGACCCAGCCCCGCACAGUUUAAAUUAUCAUAAUCUCUUAACAAUCCUUAAUUGGACGAGACCGUUCAGGACGUCGAGAGCAUCGCUCACAAUACACAUUGACAUACAGUCCCUUGGUCCCGUCACGUCAUGAUCUCGCGUUCGAUAUUAUACCUAUUAUUAUAAUAUUGUUGUAGGUACACGCAUAUUACUUACGACACCCAACGUCGCGUCUUGGUUUAAUAUAAUAUAAUAAUAUACGAUUUCGCCCGAAUAGCCGAUAUUUUCGUUUACCUUUGAUGUGAUUUUAUUUUGUUUGAUUUAAAAAAAAAAUUGCUUGCCCCUUACUCCGAUCAAAAAUGUACCGUCUGUUUUUGGUACUGUGUUUGUGUUACGGUUUGCCGGGCCACGCGUCCUCGGAGGAAACAACCACUUCGGUGUACGAACACUGUGGAAAUCUGCAGCUUCAAGAAAACAUACAAAUUAAAUUGAUAACUGGUACGUGGUAUGUGAUCGAAAUUUUACAACACAAAACAGACGAUAGACUAUUUCAUGGAGAGAAAUUUGAAGUACCCACUUGUCCUUCUGUUUUCCUGACGCUGGCGGGUUCUGAUACAGAUCUGAAAUUGUAUUGGAACGAAGAUACAGGAGACAUUGAAUAUCUGUUCAAAAUUAAAGACAGAUCGACUCCGGGAUUCUGGCUGUCAUCUGGAUCACAAAAUGGGACCCUAGUGCAGGUGACCACCUACGAUCAGUUUGCGGGCAUGGUGUACGUGCGGAAGGCGAUCAGCAAUCACAUGGUGUUGACGUUCUGCUCGCCGAAUACGCAGCUGUACAGCGUGGUGUUGGCCAGGGACAAGACGUUGGACGCCAAGGAACUGAAGAGCAUCGUGAACCACAUGCACCUGCAAAAGUUGCCAAUCACGCAGACGAAACGCACGUGUCGCAGCUCGGCGUCCACAGCCCGGGCCACCGCUUGGAUGACCACAGCGUUCUGCUUGACGUACUUGGUGUGGUACUUGCGAGUCCACAAAUAGGUCACAACCGCGAGCGUCGCGCGCCUAUAUAUAUAUAUAUACACGUCGGGGCAAACGGACGCGCAAAACACACACACACACACACACACACACAUAUCCACCUACACAUACACACGCAUGCGGGCGCAGGGUCGGCGUUGCUCGAAGUUCCCGAAGGGGUAUUAAUUUAUGAUAAAUUGUAUAAUAGUCGACGGUUUCAACUCAGAAACUCGCCCCGGACGGAGUUUAGGAAAAUUAUUUUCAUAGGUAGGUAUAACAUCAUCGUUUCCGAAUGAUGUCUGAAGUCGACAACUUUAUCAGUUUCAUUUCGAUUAAAACUUAAAAUACAAUCCAUAUUGUAGGUAAUACUUAAGUCUUUUCAUAUCUAGGAUAUAUCAAAUAAUUUACCACCUAUCUAGUACCUAUAUUAAAAUAUAAUUAUAUACUUCGGGUUCCAGCAAAGUCUACUCGUAUACAUAUACUGCGGCAGUGAAUGUACAUUUUAAAAACCGUCGAAAUUAGUACGUAACUAUACUGCUUCUGUACUGCUGAAACAGAAUAUACGUCGUACGAGUAUAAGCCUAUUUUUAAACAGUAUUUCAUUAUAUUCGUUCCCACAUAAAACUUUUUAAAUUCAAUAUGUUUAAAUAAUAUCACUGCGUACCUACCUAUAAGACAGUGUACACUAUACAAAUAAGGUCACAGUGCUAUAAAAAUCCACGGUCUUUUACCCUUAACUCUACUCCGACCCUGCGCACACACAAGAAUGACAAUACUUAAAACGAUAGGAAAGGAAGAAAAAUAAAAAACGAAUAACUUAUCACUUCCAUACCCAACAUUGCGUUGUUGCCCGAACAAAUAAUUACGACAUAAUAAUAUACUUACCUAUAAUAUGUGUACCGUGCUCAAUUCAAGUUGUGCAAUAAAUACUGUUAAAAUCUAACAAUUCCGUUCAAUUUGUACUUUUGCUUAAUUUUUCGGAUCUCUUUAGUGCAUAGUGAUUUUGUUUUUUUGCGUACCUACAUACAUGCUACAACCUACCUAUAAAUUAUAAUAUUGUUUUAGUACACACAUUUAUUAACGUUUAAUUGGACGAAUACUAUUAUUAUUUAUUGCAGUACCUACUAUAACAUUAUAAUUCCACAAUGUUGGGUUACCUUUUUGUUUGUGAAAUUUAUCUUCUUAAAAACGAUUGUAUUGUUACAAUAACUACUUAGAUAUAAUUAUUAUUUACUAAAAUAUUUGUAAAUUGAAAAAAUGUUUUUUAUAAGAGUUUAUGAAAUUAAAUGUUUAUUACAAAUACCUUAUAUUAAUAUACAUAUAUUAUAUAUAUAUUGCAGUAAUCUAAGCAGCCAUACAACAGCUGUGAAAUAUGUUAGCUUCGCGCAAAUGUGUAUACUUUAUUCGUUUAAAUAAUAGAGCACAAUAAUAAUUGUAAAUGUACAUUAACUCGAAACACAUAUUGUAUCUAUUUGGAUAAAUAAAAAUAGACUCUACUUUUACAA